AUGAAAAGAGAGAGGGAAGAGGAGAGUGAUGAUGAAAUAAUUGAAAGAAGAAGGAAAGUCCAUAAGAAAGAUAAAGAUAUCAAAGAUGAAAUAGAAGACUUAUUUGAAGAAAUCUCAUCAGACCAAACAGCAGAAAAUAUACCACAAGCAAAUGAAUGGAGAGUAACAGGAAGUGCUACAGCAGGUGCCCUACAAGAAAUAUUCGGAGAUGGAACAGAUUACUUAUACGCAAUGGAAUACUACACUAAGAAGAAUGAACAAGAAGAAAAAAGACAUAAGGAAUUUAAACAACCAAAACCAGAAGUAUUCAGUAAGAUAGACAGAGAAGAAAUAAUCAGCAGAGUAACAGAAUCACUUAUGGAGACAAAUACUUCAUUCCCAAAGCAUAAUAUUGAAGCAGUAGUAGGGAAUAUAGUAGAUAAUAUAAGCUUAGUAGACACAGUAUCUGAGUCAUUCCAUUGCUUAGACAGCAGAAAUAACCACAUCACUCUCCUGGAGGCAAGAAGACUUGUCGCCCUCUACAGGGAAAAGGAUAAAAUACUAGCACACCUGCCUAAAGUACUUGAUAAGAAUAUAAAGACAGUCAUAUCCUGUGCACAUAUGCUUAAGACACCAGAAGAAUACACUAGAUUAGUCAGGUACGUAUACAGAUUGCAGUCAAAUGAGUGCACAGAUGCAGACAGAGAGAUAGCAGCAAAUGUAACCCAGAAGAUAACAAAUAUAUCAAUGUAUUAUACAGAAUAUGCAGCUGUAAAUAGUGAUGACCAACAGAUAAGAAGUGACCCAGAAGAUAAAGGAACUAGUCAUACUGCAUCACAGAAGGAAACAAAACUGAAAAUAUCCAGGGAAAGAGGACUACUACAUAACCCAUGGAUAUACAGGGCAGCAGUAGAAAUAGGCAUGGAAAUAUCUACAGUGGAAAUACAAGGCAUAGAAAAUAUAAAGAUACUAGCCAGUGCAAUCUCACAGGAAGAUAUGUUCCUACUGAAUAAACUCACUAAGAGAGGAAUAUCUUACAGAAUAAUCCUGAAUAAAGAAGAGACAGUCAGAAGAAUAUCACAGAAAUUAGACGGAUCUGCACCGAUGGAAGAAAUAGUAGAAGGACUCUCUUACUUCAUUGAUAAGUCAGCUGAUGACAUAUCAGCAGGAAUUGAAAAAGAACUCAUCUCCUUUGCAGAAGAAUACGUUAAGAUAGAACUAUUCAAGACACUCAUAAAUAUACUCAGUAUAAAACCUGGUAAAGAAGAUAUCUUAAGCAUAUGGAUAGACAAGGGAAAGACAAGAUACACUAAAGUCAAUAGUAAAGGCACACUAAUAUCCUCUGGGAUAGUCACACCCAGGGAAGACAUAAAUAUAUCAGAACAUAAGGGCAUAGUAGCACUCACAGGAUGCGGGUACAGACUAAAACCAUAUACAAAAGGAAAGUACACAGUAUAUAUACAGGAAGAAGUACUGAGUUUAGUAGGUGGUAGUAAGGAUAUGUCUGUUGUAAUGUGCAAUCUCAUCAGAAAUCCACUUAGUGCCCUGGAGAGUCUCCUGUCCUCUGAUGCACCAGUCCCUAGGCUUGUCCUCCUGCAGAGUAUGCUACCCCAGGAUGUACCCAUCACUGUCCUGCAGUACGCAGUAGCAUACAAGAAGGCAGAGACACAGAUGCACCAGUCAGCAGAGUACAGUCACCUGAAGAAAGACGUAAUGGAAUUCCUUAAGGGAGGGGGUGACCCAGAGGCAGUAAUUGUAGACAGAUAUGCUGAGUGCGAUGUACUCAGAAGGGCAGUGAAGGAGACAGCUGUCUCAGGGGCUGGAUGGAAGUGUCCAGAGACAAAACCCGUCUUGGAGAAUAUUCUGCUCAGGGAUGUAUACACGCACUGUGUGAAUAAGAUGGAAAAUAUACACGUACCAGUUGGCCUACCAGAUAUGAGCCCAGAUGAAGCAUUCCUGGCCUUCAAUAGAAUAUCAGAGGAAGACCUGCUGUACCUGCAGACUAAAUGGACACUUUCUUGCGGAGUAGUCAUAUCUAUGCCUGGCAUGGAGACAGAGGGAAUUAUCACGGGCCUAAGACAGGAGACACACUUGCGCCUGGACAGUGGCGUAUCUGCUGUUCUCUCUGGGAAAGUGCGCCCGGGUGUAGUAGAUGGCCAGAGACUAAGUGUAACAGUACUGGGCCUGGAUAUGCUGCAGUACAGGGCAAUUGUCCAGGAGAAGCAGGAGAAGGUGGGUCUUAGGGCACAUUCCAACUGGCGGGUCAAGAAUGUCACAGCAAAGGCAGCUGGGCGUAUGCUCCGGGAGAGACCAUUUGGGUCUUAUAUCUUGCGCCCAUCUGCCACUCACUUGGACUCAUUGAUACUCACAGUGCGCAUCACGGAAGUACCUGAGAAAUUCUUACUAUCACAUAUUCGUGUCAGGGAGGUACCCAGUGGGUACGAAGUCGCAGGGAAAGUGUUUGGUGACUUGGAUGGUCUAGUGGAGACGUAUAUCCCGAAUUAUUUGAGGACAUUCAAGAGGGUCAUGCACCACAGGAAAUUUACAACAGAGCCUGUUGAUGCGAUUAAGACCCGGCUGUUGCAUGCAAAGGCAGAAGAUGCCCUGGAUAAGUACGCCCUGUCCAUCUCAAAGACAGCACCCGGAUGCGUGUCCUUCGUAUACGUCCGGAAUAAAAGUGAACCCACAGAAGUACUUCUGCACGUAGUCGAGCAGGGCCUGUACUUUGACAGAAAGGUCUAUGCCAAACCAGAAGACUUCAUCAAUAUGAUCAAGAAAUCACAGGCGAAAUAG